CUUUGAGACUUUCAGAACCAUAACAAUCACAAAAGUCAAAAGCGUCGUAAAUACUCUUUAAGACAAACGUAUAUCAAGUUAUCGACCAAGAGAAAAAAAGAAAAAGGGGGUGACCUGAGUUUUUUCAACACAACACAAAGAAUGGCCGGAGUUUUCAAAACGGUGACAUGUAUGUUUUUGGUUUUAGCUGCGGUUGUUUUCGCAGAGGACUAUGAUGUUGGUGAUGAUACCGAAUGGGCGAGACCUAGCGAUCCCAAGUUCUAUGAUACAUGGGCUGCCGGUAAAACGUUGCGUGUAGGCGACGAGCUUGAAUUUGAUUUCACCGCUGGGAGACAUGAUGUAGCUGUUGUAACAAAAGAUGCAUAUGAGAACUGCGUGAAAGAGAAACCCCUCAGAGUCAUGAUGACCCCUCCGGUAAAAAUUAUGCUAAACACCACCGGACCACAAUACUACAUCUGCACCUUCGGUGACCAUUGCCGCUUUGGUCAAAAACUUUCCAUCAACGUAGUUGGUGCUGGUGGUGCUACCACCCCAGCUGCUGGAGGAACCACUCCCACCACCCCAGGAGCCGGGACCACUACUACCACUACACCUACGGCUGGAAGUGCCGCUUCUACGUUAGGUGGUGCCUCUUUUUUGGUCGCCUUUGUUUCUGCUGUUGUAGCUCUCUUUUGAGUUAGAUUCGAUCGAUCGGAAUACUGAGUAUAUGUUUGUUUCAGCUUGGUAUACAUACGUAGUUUAACAAUCAUGCAUUUUCUUUAUGGGAAUAAAACUCGUUUUCAUUCGGGU